UCGUCUGGCGCGCGCGGCGCAGGUCGGUCGACGAGUUAUCCCCCCCUCUCUCUCUCUCUCUGUCUCUCUGUCUCCGUUCGUCCGUCCGUCCGUCCGUCCCUCUCUGUCCGUGCUCCUCGCGGCGCCGACCCUCCCCUCGCCACGCCAUGGACCGCGCCGCCCGCAGCUGCAGCAGCGUCCUCAGGAUCGCCGUCGUCUUCGUCGUCUGCUUCGCCGCGGCGCUGGCGGCCAGGGACUCGUCCUGCCCCAGGAUCUGUCCGCCGGACAGCUCGGACCCCGUCUGCGGCUCUGACGGCGUCAUCUACGCCAGCCAGUGCGAGAUGAAGAAGAAGACCUGCGGCAGAGGAGUGCAGACGGCCUCCAACCCGGGGCUGUGCAUGCAGUCGCAGGGCUCCAGCUGCGACCACCGCUGCGGCAAGGACAAGGACUACGUGUGUGGCACAGACGGCCACACCUACCUCAACCGCUGCACGCUGCAGGUGGAGAUCUGCAGACUGGGCAUCCAGCUGUCGCACCUGGGACCGUGCAACAACAUCUCGGCCCACCGGGAGAACUGCCCCGUGUCGUGCGACCAGGCGCCCGUCGACGGGCCCAUCUGCGGCUCCGACGGCAACGUCUACAAGAGCUCGUGCGUCAUGAAGCUGCUGACGUGCGGCCAAGGGGUGGUGCGCACCUCCAGGAAGUACUGCCAGACGACCCGCCACUGCCGCGAGUCCUGCUGGAGGAACGCCAAGCCCGCCUGCGGCUCCGACGGCAAGAUCUACAGCAACAGCUGCCGCAUGAAGUCCAAGAACUGCGGGAAACACGUUUUCGAAGUGCCGAUGGCCUUCUGCAUGACGCACGAGCGCACUGCCAGCUCCUGUCCAAUCAGCUGCGAGGCCCAACCGGAGAGACACACCUGCGGCUCCGACGGCAGCAUUUACCGCAACGAGUGUGAGCUGAAGAUGCUCAACUGCGGGGCCCAGUCGCGCAGGAGGGUGACGCGCGUCGACUUCGAGAAGUGCCGCGGCAGGGUUGCCAAGUGCAGCCGCAGCAAGUGCGAGCGCGGCCUGGACCCCGUGUGCGGCACGGACGCGCACACCUACGCCAACCUGUGCGAGCUGCAGGUCGCGUCCUGCAUGAAAGGAGUUCAGCUGGCUCACCAUGGCAACUGCACUGCACUGACGAAGGAAGAAGUUUGUCCCAGUGAGUGCCCGGAAGAAGACAAACCAGUGUGUGGUUCUGAUGGCAAUGUAUACAGGUCCGAGUGCCAGAUGAGGAAGGACUCGUGCGGCCAGAAGGUGGUGGCGGUGCCGCUGCACCACUGCCGCACCACGGAGCGCUGCAACGAGGUGUGCGACGACAAGAGGGAGUUCGUGUGCGCCUCAGACAACAAGUUCUACCGCAACGAGUGCGAGAUGAGGCGAGACAACUGCGGGAAGCACGUGUACGUGGUGCCGAUAAAGCGCUGCCUGGCGGGCUUCUCGUUCCGCGGCUGCCAGAAGAUCUGCCCCAACUACUACGACCCGAUCUGCGGCUCGGACAACAAGUCCUACUCCAACGACUGCUUCCUGGAGCUGGAGAACUGCCGGUCGCGCGCGCUCGUCACCAAGCAGCACCACGGCAAGUGCGGCCACCCGACUGUCCGCGCCAAGAACUACGUCUACUGAGAGCUCGUCCUGCCGGGCUGGAGAGAGCCCGAGACCACUCUUCGGGACGCCAACCUGUCAGCACCCCCCCCCCCCUCCCCCCCCCCAGUGGCAGCGCUGAGGGUUGAUGACCAUCGGGCACGCCGAUCCAAAGCAACACUUUCCUCCGACCAUCAUCACCUUGUCCAAAAAAAAAACUGCGUCCGCCCGACCUCUCACACACUCCAGUAGCUUCAGCGAGAUGUGUAGUCCCCCGACCCAAAAGCCAAAAGUAUCGUUCCUCAGCAGUCUUCAGCAGACUCGAGAAAUGAAUAAGCGGUAGUCGGUAAUAUAAGCUUCUGAAAGUAGAAAAGAGAAAAGGAUUGCUGAUGGCCGGCGAGAAACACAGUGCUGUCCACUAUUCUCUUCUUUUUUUUUUUAAAUUUCAUCAUUGUGACAUGAAUAAGACUCUGUACAUCCCAAAAUAAUGUGUAUGACAACAUUUUAAUAAAUAUUGAUAGUAUGCUUUCGUGGAAACGGUCACUAACUAAUUACACGUACGUUGAAAUUAUGGUAUGUCGACGUUUCGGCCAUCUUCAAGGGCAAUCAACAGUCUUCAUUGAAGGUGGCUGCAACAUGGCGUGCCAAAACUUAGGGUACGCCUUUAUUUCUACGGACAAGUAUUCUUCAGAACUAUUUUAAAGUAUUUUUUGUAGCAUUCACAUCGUCUAUAACAUAACACGUGAUAAUUUCCAUACUUUUUUGUACGAGUUAUUGUGAAGCCGUAAGUCCUGAGCGAGAAACUGAAGGCAAUAUUCCACAAAAUAAAAUAAAUUUUAAAGUAAAAUAUGUGUUUAAUACUGUUGAGACAAUCACGUUUAUCUCAUUGUUAAUAUGUACAAAUGUUUACAGUAAAAUAUAAUUAUGGCUCUUUAUAUUUUAACUGUAUUAGCAUAUUAGUGCUUAGCUACUGCAACACCCUGUCGUGGUCAAAUGUUCCCCUGUAGUGACUUUGAUGAGGCAAUUGAAGAUUUAGGAAGGGAACGGGAUGUCUUUAAAGAAAACAAUAUUUGCUUCCCCGAAAGCGUUAUGUACGUGAAAAGUUAAGUAAUUUGAACAUUUCUUAAUAUCAAAUCCAAAUGAAUAUCAAGAACCAAGAACUAGUGUUUGUUUAGAUCUUUUGUGUUUGUACUGUGUGCUAGCAAUUACAGGACAAGUAAUUAAUUCCAACUUACUUAAAACUAAACAGAAAGGAAAUCAUACUUUUACUUGUUUAUUUUAAAUAUGUUGCACUAAAAUAUCAAUAUUUUAAAUAUUUAAUUAUUUAUGCUUACAACCUUAGCUGUAGGCCUAAUUAUUUAAAAAUAUAUAUGAUUUUUAUUGGCUGAAAAUAUUCGCUUCUUAAAGAUUAUCCCUAAUUAUUUUUAUAAGUAUGUCAAAUUACUGGUUUGUAUACUACAAAGUUAAGUAAUAAUUUUGAGGUAGCACAGAAAAUGUAUCCUUCCUACUGAUUUAUAAUUUGUAUGUAGAGAUUAUUCAUACAAUGUAUUUGUAUAUAUUUAUUUUCCAUAUGUUACACUUUAAACAAGUAGGUUAUUGUUAAUAUUUUAGCAAUGAAUGCAUGUAACAUAAUACUGUACGUAUAGCUCAGAAAAAUUGUUGUACUGUAGAGUUAUAAAAGAUUAAAUUGUUAAUAAAAGCGUUUCAAACAUAUGUCAAGGAAAAACCUUAGCUAACAGAUCCUGAAGUAAACUCCCCAAUUUAAUUUAUAAGACACAUUGAAACUUAGUUUCUGAGUAAGGUCGGACAUAUAUGUUGUCAAUAAUAUCUGGUAUUUCGGAAAAUGUUUGGUACUUUCUAAUCUUUAAAGAAAUUGCCAUUGUGUUACUUGAAUUUUGAAACAAUUUAAUUUUAUAAUACUGAAUACCUCGCCUCCAAAAUUGUGAAACAAAAAUGCAGGAUAACAUAAUACCGUGAAAAUUAUUUAGGUUAUAUUUCAUAUUCUAAUAUUCUCUCGGUAUAUUCAUUUGUAAUCAAAUACUUAUUUAUAAUUGGAAAUAUUUAUUUAAUUUUCUUAGAGCCAAGACUGCCAAAAUCUACAGUUUUUUUUAUAAGAGCUGUGUUGAGUUCCUCCUUAUUUCUGUUACUGUUGGUUCUAUCGUAAUAAGUAAUUGUAAUUUACCUACUAAAACAAUAUAUGUUUUGACUUACUAUAGAUUAUAUAAUACUAUAUUAGUGAUAAAUAUUUAUGAUGUAUUACACAAUUAUUUAUUAAAUAUCUUGCAAAAACA